UUUGUUUUAGUUUUAGUGCUGCUUUUUCGUUCCCACCCCCACCCGCACUGUCUUUCUCAAGGCACGAACUGAGCUGAUCCUUGCCCCAGGAACCGUCUUUCUCAGAGGAAGCGCAGUUUCAUUUUACUCACAUAAAUAUAUGAAUAUAUUUCUGACAUUGGGGUGUUCCAGAAGAUGAUAAAGAAAUGAUAGCAGCUCCAGAAAUACCAACUGAUUUUAAUCUACUACAGGAGUCAGAAACACAUUUUUCUUCUGACACGGACUUUGAGGACAUUGAAGGAAAAAAUCAGAAGCAAGGCAAAGGCAAAACUUGUAAAAAAGGCAAGAAGGGUGCAGUAGAAAAGGGCAAAAGUGGAAAUGGAGGAGGAAAACCUCCUUCUGGUCCAAACCGAAUGAACGGUCACCAUCAACAGAAUGGAGUGGAAAACAUGAUGUUGUUUGAAGUUGUCAAAAUGGGCAAGAGUGCUAUGCAGUCGGUGGUAGAUGACUGGAUAGAAUCAUACAAGCAUGACCGAGAUAUAGCACUUCUUGACCUUAUCAACUUUUUCAUUCAGUGUUCGGGCUGUAAAGGGGUUGUCACAGCAGAGAUGUUUAGACAUAUGCAGAACUCUGAGAUAAUUCGAAAAAUGACUGAAGAAUUUGAUGAGGAUAGUGGGGACUAUCCACUCACCAUGGCUGGCCCUCAGUGGAAGAAGUUCAAGUCCAGUUUUUGUGAGUUCAUUGGUGUAUUAGUACGGCAGUGUCAAUAUAGUAUCAUAUAUGAUGAGUAUAUGAUGGAUACUGUCAUUUCACUUCUUACUGGAUUGUCUGAUUCACAAGUCAGAGCAUUUCGACACACAAGCACCCUGGCAGCUAUGAAGUUGAUGACCGCUUUGGUAAAUGUGGCACUAAAUCUCAGCAUUAACAUGGAUAACACACAAAGACAAUAUGAGGCAGAACGCAAUAAAAUGAUUGGAAAACGAGCCAACGAGAGGCUAGAACUCCUGCUACAAAAGCGUAAAGAGCUUCAGGAAAAUCAAGAUGAAAUAGAAAACAUGAUGAAUGCAAUAUUUAAAGGAGUGUUUGUACAUAGAUACCGGGAUGCCAUAGCUGAAAUCAGAGCUAUAUGCAUUGAAGAGAUUGGCAUUUGGAUGAAGAUGUAUAGUGAUGCCUUCCUUAAUGACAGCUAUUUAAAAUAUGUUGGUUGGACUAUGCAUGAUAAGCAAGGUGAAGUUAGACUCAAAUGUCUUACUGCUCUACAAGGGCUUUAUUAUAACAAAGAGCUUAAUUCCAAACUGGAACUAUUUACCAGUCGAUUCAAGGAUAGAAUUGUGUCUAUGACCCUUGACAAAGAAUAUGAUGUUGCUGUACAAGCAAUAAAGUUACUCACUCUUGUUUUACAGAGUAGUGAAGAAGUUCUUACUGCAGAAGAUUGUGAAAAUGUCUAUCAUCUGGUUUAUUCAGCUCACCGGCCAGUAGCAGUAGCAGCUGGAGAAUUUCUCUACAAAAAACUCUUCAGCCGUAGAGAUCCAGAAGAAGAUGGAAUAAUGAAAAGAAGGGGAAGACAAGGUCCAAAUGCCAACCUUGUUAAGACUUUGGUAUUUUUCUUCUUGGAAAGUGAGUUACAUGAGCAUGCAGCUUACCUUGUCGACAGCAUGUGGGACUGUGCUACUGAGCUACUGAAAGACUGGGAAUGUAUGAAUAGUUUGUUGUUAGAAGAGCCACUUAGUGGAGAGGAAGCUCUAACAGACAGACAAGAGAGUGCUUUGAUUGAAAUAAUGCUUUGUACUAUUAGACAAGCAGCUGAAUGUCAUCCUCCUGUGGGAAGAGGGACAGGAAAAAGGGUGCUAACAGCAAAGGAGAAGAAGACACAGUUGGAUGACAGAACAAAAAUCACGGAACUUUUUGCUGUGGCCCUUCCACAGUUAUUAGCAAAAUACUCUGUAGAUGCAGAAAAGGUGACCAAUUUGCUGCAGUUACCUCAGUACUUUGAUUUGGAGAUAUAUACCACUGGACGAUUAGAAAAGCAUUUGGAUGCCUUAUUGCGCCAGAUCCGAAAUAUUGUAGAGAAGCACACAGACACAGAUGUUUUAGAAGCAUGUUCUAAAACUUACCAUGCAUUAUGUAAUGAAGAGUUCACGAUCUUCAACAGAGUAGAUAUUUCAAGAAGUCAGCUGAUAGAUGAAUUGGCAGAUAAAUUUAACCGGCUUCUUGAAGAUUUUCUGCAAGAGGGAGAAGAACCUGAUGAAGAUGACGCAUAUCAGGUAUUAUCAACGUUGAAGAGGAUCACUGCUUUUCAUAAUGCCCAUGAUCUUUCAAAGUGGGAUUUGUUUGCUUGUAAUUACAAACUCUUGAAAACCGGAAUUGAAAACGGAGAUAUGCCUGAACAGAUUGUUAUCCACGCUCUGCAGUGCACUCACUAUGUCAUCCUCUGGCAGCUUGCGAAGGUAACUGAAAGCAGUUCUACAAAGGAGGACUUACUGCGUUUAAAGAAACAAAUGAGGGUAUUUUGUCAGAUAUGUCAACAUUACUUGACCAACGUGAAUACUACUGUUAAGGAACAGGCCUUCACUAUUCUCUGUGACAUCUUGAUGAUCUUCAGUCAUCAGAUCAUGUCUGGAGGGCGUGACAUGUUAGAGCCAUUGGUUUAUACCCCGGACUCUUCAUUGCAGUCUGAGCUGCUCAGCUUUAUUUUGGAUCAUGUCUUCAUCGAACAAGAUGACGACAGUAAUAGUGCAGAUGGUCAGCAAGAGGAUGAAGCCAGUAAAAUUGAAGCUUUGCACAAGAGGAGAAAUUUACUUGCAGCAUUUUGUAAGCUAAUUGUAUAUACUGUGGUGGAGAUGAACACAGCUGCCACUAUCUUCAAGCAGUAUAUGAAGUAUUAUAAUGAUUAUGGAGAUAUCAUCAAAGAAACAAUGAGUAAAACAAGGCAAAUUGACAAAAUUCAAUGUGCUAAGACCCUUAUUCUCAGUUUGCAGCAGCUUUUUAAUGAGAUGAUACAAGAGAAUGGCUAUAAUUUCGAUAGAUCAUCUUCAACAUUUAGUGGUAUAAAAGAACUUGCUCGACGUUUUGCUUUAACUUUUGGACUUGACCAAUUGAAAACAAGAGAAGCCAUUGCCAUGCUACACAAAGAUGGCAUAGAGUUUGCUUUUAAGGAGCCUAAUCCACAAGGUGAGAGCCACCCACCUUUAAACUUGGCAUUUCUUGAUAUUCUCAGUGAAUUUUCUUCUAAACUGCUCCUUCAAGAUAAAAGAACAGUGUAUGUUUAUUUGGAAAAGUUCAUGACCUUCCAGAUGUCACUCCGAAGAGAAGAUGUAUGGCUUCCUCUGAUGUCUUACCGAAAUUCUUUGCUAGCUGGUGGUGAUGAUGAUACCAUGUCAGUCAUUAGUGGAAUGAGCAGUCGGGGUUCAACCGUACGGAGUAAAAAAUCAAAACCAUCCACAGGAAAACGGAAAGUUGUUGAAGGCAUGCAACUUGCUCUCCCUGAAGAAAGCAGCAGUAGUGACAGUAUGUGGCUAAGCAGAGAGCAAACACUCCUUUCCCCUGUUAUGAUGCAGACGCCACAGCUCACCUCCACUAUUAUGAGAGAACCUAAAAGAUUGCGGCCUGAGGAUAGCUUCAUGAGUGUCUAUCCAAUGCAGACAGAACACCAUCAAACUCCUCUUGAUUAUAACACGCAGGUAACAUGGAUGUUAGCUCAAAGACAGCAAGAGGAAGCAAGGCAACAGCAGGAGAGAGCAGCAAUGAGCUAUGUUAAACUGCGAACUAAUCUUCAGCAUGCCAUUCGGCGUGGUACAAGCCUAAUGGAAGAUGAUGAAGAGCCAAUUGUUGAAGAUGUCAUGAUGUCCUCAGAAGGGCGGAUUGAGGAUCUUAAUGAGGGAAUGGACUUUGACACCAUGGAUAUAGACUUGCCACCAUCGAAGAAUAGACGGGAGAGAACAGAACUGAAGCCUGAUUUCUUUGAUCCAGCUUCAAUUAUGGAUGAAUCAGUUCUUGGAGUGUCAAUGUUUUAAUACCAGUACACAUUUAAAUCUGUGGUGAAGUCAUUUUCUAAGUGGACGAGGAAGUUUUAAAAUAAAGUGUGGUAGAUACAGUGAAAUUCUGUACAGAUUUUUCUCUAAGGAGAAUAUAACACGCUUAUGCUUA